CUUGUUUUAUAUUUCAUCUCUAACCUAAUAGCGAUGCAACUCAGAAAACCAAUCAUGUUUGUGCCUCACGAAUUGAUCAUUCUAAUCUUACUGAGAUCGCCAGUAAAGUCUCUUAUUCGUUUCAAAUCUGUUUGUAAGUUAUGGUUUUCUCUUAUUUCUCAUGAUUCCCACUUUGCUAAUUCACAUUUUCAACUUAACUCUGAAACACAAAAUCAUAGAAUUCUAUUAAUAUCAACCUCAACUCAUGAAUCUCUAUCCAUCGAUUGUGAAGCAUCGCUUCACAAUGACAGUGCUUCUGUUUCACUCAACCUCGAUUCUAUCUUUCCAGAGGAUUUUACAUGUUAUGAAAUUAACGGCUCAUGUAGAGGCUUUAUACUUUUAUGCGGUUCCUUAAACAUCUACCUAUGGAAUCCAUCCACUGGACUUCACAAACAAAUACCUUUUUCACCUUUUGGUUCCAAUUUGGAUGCCGAAUAUUCCUUUGGUUUUGGGUAUGACGAAUCAACAGAUGAUUACUUGGUUGUUUCAACGUAUCAGCAUGAUUAUUUAGAAGAUCCUCACUUUGAGUACUUCUCAUUGAAAGCUAAUACUUGGAAACAAGUUGAGGCUCCUCACUUCCCUUUUGCCAAUAGGUAUAAUUUACUGCAUGAGCCCAGAGGUGGGUCUCUCUAUAAGGGAGCUAUUCAUUGGUUGGCUUAUUGUUAUGAUUUAUGCAAUAAUGCUAUUGUUGCGUUUGAUUUAAUUGAAAGGAAACUUUCAUAUAUGCCUUUGCCACAUCCUUUGCAAUGUGGUGUUUUGUGGGUAUAUGGAGAAUUUCUCAGCUUAUAUACUACGGAUUUUAGAAAUCAUACAGUUGAAAUAUGGGUGAUGAAAGAAUACAAAGUGAGCUCCUCUUGGACUAUGGCUCUUGUUCUUUCCGUUGAUCUCAUCGUUUGCCCAAAAGCGCUCUUUUUUCCAUUGUGCUGUACAAAAAGUGGUGAUAUUAUUGGGGUAGAUGAAGAAGAUGGAAUGUUCAAGUAUGAUAAAAUUGGACAAUUUCUAGAUCUACAUUCUUAUCCUAAUUAUGAUCUUAGAUGCAAAGUGACUGUGUAUAUAGAUUCUCUGCUUUCACUUCCUGGUGAUGGAGAUAACAAGCAAGCUUGAGAAGAUGACACAAACAAGAAGAAUGAGGUUUGAAAUAUUCUCCUUCACUAUUUUCUUGAUAUUUAUAAUGAACUAGAGCAUAAUUGAUAAUGUAAUAAUGGCUAUGUGUGUAUAGUCUUUGCAAUGAAGUUCUUCUAAAUCAUAUGUUUGAAUGGGUAACUAUUUGUUUAUUGGUAACAUUGACAGCUUUGUGUGAUUCACUGUUAUUUAUGUAUGUAGUUGGAUUUAUUCUAAUAUGUGUCAAGAUCACAACCAUGAUUUUGACUCUGCAAUUUAUUAAAAAUUUGAGCAUAACUACAUAUGUAUUUGAAUGAUAUUGAAGAUUUUGGUCGCUAAUUUCAAUGGAAAGUAAUAAUUUUCGUUGUUGUCCUUUGUGUUUCAAACUAAUGAUCUAUACAUGACCACUUUAAUGAAUUUUAAUUUUUUAGAUCAUAAGAAACAUCAAACCUAAAGGACCUCGUGAACCUAAAUAGUGCUAGCUUACAAUUGGAGUUUUUUUAAUCAAGUUUGAUUAGAGUUGUUGUAUAUCUUCUUUUGAAGUGAAAAUAUCUUUGGCCUCCCAUUGGAAUUUUAUAAUGUCUCUGUCGUUGUUGUAUUGAAGUAGUUUCUUUUCCUUGCAUGGUUUGAUUGAAAUUCUGUUUCACAAAAAGAGUGUAUAUUUCAUUUUAACUUACCUGUUUUUACUAGGGAUAAGAUGAAAGAAAAGCAGAAAUUAUGUAAACAUGCAUGUGGGAGAUAUUAUAUUGUGUUCAAGAGAUGUUUUUAAAGUAUUUUCCGUUCUAAUAAUGAAAAUCAAAACUUUAAAAUGCACUAAAGGCUUGUUUCUUAUUAGGUGUCACUGACAAAAUAAACAAUUAACUUAACGAUUUUUAUAUCUGUUCAUGACUGGUUCUUCAUGGAGGAAAAUGUAUCAAAGAAAACAACAAAGAGUGAUAGCUAUUUGAUUGUUGUUUCAGCUAUUUAUGCAUGUGUAAAUAGAUUGUGUUCUAAUGUACUAGUAGUCACAUAUUGAAAUCAAUAAAUCUGAUGAGUUUGUGCAUGUCGAUAAAGAUCAAAAUCACAGUUACAUGUUACAUGUUAAAAUGGAUGGAAAUUAUCUAUCUGUGAUUCCAUUAUAGGUGCUGGGCAAAAGUUAUUUUACAAGACCUCCAAAGUUGAAUGGGUGAAAGAUUUAAAGGAAUUAUAUUAAAGGAAUUAGCCCGGCACAAGCUGUGCACAGGUAAUUCAACAACAUUAGAGUUUGUCCCUUCCCAUUAAAGGGCAAUAUAUAUGCCACCACAAAAGAAAAUCCCCCCUAAACAAACUCUCUCUUAGAAACCCACCACCACUAUUACAUAAAAGUCUAUUACAGAUCAUUUUUCUAUUACAAGGCACAUUCAAAUCGAAAUCCUUAAAACUAGCACUGCAUUAAACCAACAGCAAAAUUAUGCAGACAACACCAAUGACUCUAUAUUGCAUUUUCAGAAUUGCAUCCACACCUUCAAUACCACUGAUAUCAAAACUAACACCAAACAAAAAACAACUGCAAAUCCAAGAAAGAAAUAUGGAUACUUCACCUCCUCAAUAGCGAGAGCCGCCAAUCCCAGAUCCAGAGAUUACCUGAAGAACAACAUUCACUUCAGAAACAUUUUGACAAUUUCCUGACAACUUCAAUCCGGUGCCGAGAUGAUGAUUCUGCAAAAAUCUCCACUCUUAACUGACACCACGUGAUUACAUACUAAAACAAUCUAAACAAAUAUCUUUAAUUCUCAUAUUGCCGCAAAUUUCUGAUGCACACAAGCCAAAGACUUCGAAAACACGACACCACAACUUUGGCAGCAGCAUCCCAAGGGCAAUACCAAAAGAGCAACUCUUCUCGAAUCAUAUUCUCCAAACCCGCCAUGAAACGAUGUGUCUCAAAUGCAUCAUUGCAAGAGAUCCACCAGGCAACAUACUAUAUUACACUACUUUUCACAUAAUGCCUGCUACAAAUUCUCCUGAGACACUACAUCCACCCUUGGAUCCAAUAACAUAAGAAGAUAUAAGAAUUCUCAAUGGAUCCAAAUGCCACUACUGUACAUUGCAUCGAAGAGAUUUAUGCUCGUUGCUUAACCAGAACCAGGACAACCUUUGAACUCCUUCAAACAUUUGAUUCACUAUUGUUGCCUUGUUCUUGAAAAUAUAUGUAUUUGUUGCUUUCCAAAUAAUUCAUAUGCAGACGAACCAUAUUGUUCUAACUCUUAAAACUGUACUUCUAACAUUUGCAACGAGUGCACCAAACUGAUCAAAAUGCUCCCAACCAUCAUUUGGGAGAACCACUAACAAUCCAAACCACCUGAUGGCAUGAUACCAUAAACCUCCAAAAAUAAGACACUCAAAGAAAAGGUGAGAGCUCGUUUCAACCGCAUCGCAACCUCCCUUACACUUGCUACUAUCUUGGACUAUGACGCCUCUUAUAACUAAAUUAUCUUUAGUUGAUAGUCUAUUGUGAAAUAAUCGCCAGAAUAGGCAUAAUACUUUUGACGAAACCGACUUAAGCCAAAUCUCAAACCAAUCUUUAGAAGCCUCAAUUCUAUUUUCCGCUCGCCGCACCUUAUAAUUCUCCUUCACAGAAUACACCUUUGAGUUUUCUCGAAAAAAAUUAUUGUGUCAUCUGCGUAUUGGAGAUCAGAUAAGCUUUCCUUUCCUUUUUCAAAUUUAUAUCUUGAAAUUUUUUCCUGUUCAACUGCUUUUUUCAUGAGUCUGUUAAAACCUUCUGCUACUAAUAAGAAUAGGAAAGGGGGCAAUGGAUCCCCUUGCCUCGACCCUCUACCUACCUUGAAUUCUUUGGUGGGGCCUCCAUUCACUAAAACUGAAACCGAUGAAGAUUGGAAACAUUCUAAAAUCCAUCUCCUCCAUUUCUCAUGAAAUCCCAUUUUAGCCAUCACAUCCUCUAGAAAUUUUCAAUCCACUAUGUCAUAUGCCUUUUCAAAAUCUACCUUGAUUUCAUCUCUUAUUCAACCUCAUCCUUCUUCAACUCAACUUUCUAUUUUUAUCUU